ACUAAGUGCGUUGGGGAAACUAGAAACUCACAUAGAUAUAAUCACAAAAAAAACUGAAAAACAACAAAACGCAAAAACACGGUACAUAAAAUUGGGAAAUGUUCCAACCGGAGUAUGAGAAACGACUGCUUGAGGGAUUAGGGAUAUCGGGAGCCAAUGGUCGAGAGCAGCUGGACUUACGCAGCAUUCCUUCACGCGCCGGAAAUAACUGGGCCCGAAACUAUUCUUUGGCGGCUGAUCCAAACCCGGUUCUUGCGGAACAGCUGCAUAAUUCCCCCUAUGGAUGUCUGCUGCGAAAUGAGUUGCUAGACUCCGAAGUUUCCUCAAUCGAUCAUUGCAAGCGAAGCAAAAAAAUUCUUUUGGAUGCGGGGGAUUUUACCGAAAAGGAAAACAUUCGCGUUUUCGGGUAUGGAAAUUACUCUUCACCGAACAAGACCGUGCGCGACCCAUUCUCAAUGAUUAGCGAAUACAGUCGUAGGCUACUGGGCAGUCCGACUAGUGCAGUCCGCCGGGUAUCUCGACUGCCGUAUAAGGUUCUUGACGCCCCUGAGCUACAGGAUGACUUUUACUUAAACGCUCUUGAUUGGUCGUCGAAGGACAUACUCGGUGUUGGUCUUGGGUGUUCUCUCUAUCUUUGGAGUGCAGUAGACUCCCAAGUAACUCGCCUAUGUGACCUUAGCGAUGACGAUAAUCUGAUAACAGCUGUCAAAUGGCACAGCGGAGGAAACGAGCUAGCCGUUGGCACAAAUCAUGGCUCCGUAGCCAUCUGGGAUGUCGACCGCGAGAAGCAGAUCUCCAACCUAAGCGGACAUAUAAACCGUGUUACCGCAUUGGACUGGCGAGGCAACAGCUUGGCAAGUGGCUCCCGUGAUCGGACCAUUUUGCAACGAGAUAUCCGCACCAAUAUUAUCACCAGCUGCUUGCAAGGCCACAGUCAGGAGGUUUGUGGAUUGAAAUGGUCUCCGACUUGGGAGUAUCUGGCCAGUGGAGGUAAUGACAAUCGUUUGCUAAUAUGGACGGCUCGAAGCCCUGAGCCACUUCACAAGUUUACCGAACAUAAUGCGGCCGUGAAGGCUUUGGGCUGGUCUCCUCACAAGUCUGGUCUUUUGGCCAGCGGCGGGGGUUCCGCCGAUCGUUGCCUUCGCUUCUGGAACGUGGUGAGCGGUCAGAUGGUACAAUCUGUUGACACCGGAGCACAGAUCAGUAAUUUGGCAUGGUCGCGAAAUUCAGCUGAGCUUGUUACCACUCAUGGAUUCGGAGAACCACAGAUUGUGUUAUGGCGAUAUCCCUCCCUGAAGCAAGUUGUUAACCUGUCGGGCCAUAACCGCCGUGUGAUCUAUCUAUCUGUAAGCCCAGACGGCAGGUCAAUAGUAACGGGCGGCGGGGAUGAGACACUUCGCUUCUGGAAUGUAUUUACCCAACGAAAAUAUCCUAUAGAACCACGAUCACUUUUGAGCCUUUACUCCGAUAUACGAUAAAGUCCAAAUUCUCGAGUACCGAGUAUAAAACUACUUCGCGAAUUUCGAUUAACUUUCCGUAUAUCGCGAACAUUAUUAGUUAUAUGUCUUAUUACUAACAAAAUAUAUUUUAAAUGAUUUUUGGGCAUCUGUCUUUUCAUUAAAAAACCUCUUUUUCCAGGAUGGAAAGAAUGCUGCUUCCCUUACACUAGCCGAGCAAUACAUUGGAGCGUUUAAGAAAUUGGC